AUGUUGAUAGUGUCGGAGACAGCAUUCAGUAAACGCAGAGUCUUUGUUAUUGGGGAUCUGUGCCACAGACUGGUUCUGGCCCUUGGUAUCGCAGACAACCUAAAGCCGGGUUUCCACCGCGAGCGGAACGGACCCAUUAAGGACUCGGUCUCGCCGACUAGUUUGAAACGGACUCGCUCGCUGUUUCCAUCUGGGCAAGCAGCUACAAACAUCAAUACUUGGAGGUAUGCGGAGUUGAUGGAAUUUUUACUUCCAUAUAUGAAAAAUCGUAGUAGGUCUACCAAUUUAAAUUCUACAAAUACACAAUCAUCGGCAACCCCUGAAACCUCUGAAGUGCAAGAUGAUGAAGAUGCUAAUAGUUCCGAAGUAUCAGUAUUUUCAAGAAACGAUACAAUAAAUAAUGCGGAGGCUGGUGCACCUCAAGAAGGUAGACUGAGACAAGAAAACGGAAUGCAGAAGGUGAUUUCAUUGAAAUAA